CGCCGCCGUCCCCUCUUAGACUGAGCGAGAACCCCGAAGACUUCCCUCCAAGUCACACUGAGAGAGAGAGAGAGAGAGAGAGAGAGAGAGAGGCGAAGAGGAUGCAUCUGAGCGCGAAUGAGGGGAUCGAGGGGAACAGAUUCGUGGUGACGGGAGGGCUGGGUUUCGUGGGAUCGGCCCUCUGCUUGGAGCUCGCGAGGAGAGGGGCGGAGGAGGUCCGAUCGCUCGAUCCCCGCCUCUCCUCCCCUUGGUCCGCCGCUCUCCUCCAUGCCGGCGUCCGCUGCAUCCAAGGAGAUGUGAGUCGGAAAAAGGAUAUUGAGAAGGCAUUGCAUGGGGCAGAUUGUGUUUUUCACCUUGCUUCAUAUGGUAUGUCAGGGAAGGAAAUGCUUCAAGCCGGGCGUGUUGAUGAGGUUAACAUAAAUGGAACCUGCAACAUCUUAGAUGGCUGCCUUGAGUUUGGUAUAAAAAGGCUUGUCUAUGUAAGUACUUACAAUGUGGUUUUUGGGGGAAAGGAGAUUGUGAACGGAAAUGAAGCUUUACCGUAUUUUCCUCUCGAUGACCAUGUUGAUCCAUAUGGUCGUAGUAAAUCUGUUGCAGAACAGCUAGUUCUGAAGAGCAAUGAUCGUCCGUCGAAGAAGAAAGAUGGUGUUCGUCUUUAUACUUGUGCAAUCCGUCCUGCUGCUAUCUAUGGACCAGGUGAGGAGAGGCACCUUCCAAGGAUUCUUUCCCUUGCAAAGAUGGGACUGUUAUCAUUUAAAGUUGGUAGUCCAAGUGUGAAGACAGACUGGGUCUAUGUGGAAAACCUUGUGCUUGCCCUGAUAUUGGCAAGCAUGGGGCUUCUGGAUGACAUUCCUGGUAGAGAAGGACAGCCUGUCGCUGCUGGUCAGCCAUAUUUUAUAUCUGAUGAAUCACCUGUCAACACCACCGAAUUUAUAAUCAACCCUCUUCUUCGAAGUUUAGAUUAUGACUUUCCAAAAAUUACAAUAGAUGUUCAGCAUGCACUAUUUAUGGCACGAAUUUUUUGGGUUGUUUACACCCUGCUGUACCCAUGGCUUAAUCGCAAAUGGCUUCCUCAGCCUCUCCUUCUUCCUGCUGAAGUAUACAAGAUUGGUGUGACCCAUUACUUUUCCACUCUGAAAGCAAGGCAGGAGCUCGGCUAUGUACCUAUGGUGAGCCCUCGAGAUGGUUUAGCUGCAACUAUAGCAUAUUGGCGGGAGAGAAAGAAGAGAGAAUUAGAUGGGCCAACUAUAUAUGUCUGGCUUUUUGCUGUAAUCGGGAUGUCUGCAUUGUUCUCUGCUGCUUUCCUGCCCCCAGUUGGACCACUAGGAUGGGUGAGAGCCUUCAGCCUUUUUGUAUUUCAAUCAUUAUGGACCAUCAGACUCGUCUUCCUUGUAUCAGUAGCUUUGCAUGUUGGCGAAGGCAUCUAUGCAUGGCACCUGUCAAGGAAGGUUGACCCAAGAAAUUCAAAAGGUUGGUUUUGGCAGACUUUGGCCCUUGGCUUCUUCUCGCUGAGAUAUUUGUUGAAAAGAGCCCGGCGCUGAGACGAUCUCUCUUACAAACUGUAUCUAUUCUUGCUUUGAUUUGAUUCAUGCAUUAAACCUUGCAUCCACAAGCAGGUCAGACGAGGCUGGAUCAGAACAUCUCAAAAGGCGGAGACAAGCCACUUACUGCUUGUAGUGGAAGGUUCAAUUAUAUUAUCUUGGUAAUUAAUGCUGCAUGACUUGCUCUUUGAACUCUACUUACUGUAUUUUGGAGCCUAAGGUUAAGAGUUGUCAAAAUACAUCCGCAGACACUCGCCAUCUUGGUGCAGUUCUAGAGAUGCCUUAGAUGGCAUUUUCCAAAAUCUAUUAUGUUCAUUGCGAAGGCAGUAAAAACAUUUGAUCAUGUUUUGUUUCCUAGCAUCUUAUUGACUAUAUCUAUUCAAAAUCGGAAUGAUUGGUACCAGGUGCUUCAUCAUA